AUGGUGAAGAUCGGCGUCCAGCAGCCGCCGGCGGCCCUCAAGUCGGAGAAGGAGAAAGCAGCAGCGGGGGGCGAUGGGGCGUCGGGCCCCGUGCUGCUGCCCCCGGGCGCCGUGAGUGCGGGGCGGGGGCGGGCGGGCGGCCCCCGCGGCUCAUCGCCUUCUGAGGAGCCAGCUCCCGUGGUGCAGGGACGAAGGUCAUCGCUCAGUGGGGUGUGCUACCUGACCAUGGGUCUCCUUGUCCUGCUCCUGGGCUUGGUCUUUGCAUCGAUGUAUGUGUACAGAUACUUCUUCAUCACCCAGCUGCCCCGCGAGAGUGUCUUUCACUGCGGCGUGCUGUACGAAGACUCUCUCUAUUCGCCCUUCAAAGGGCAGCUGGAGCUGCACGAAGAUGUCAAGAUUUACAUCGAGGAGAACUAUGAGCAAAUCAAUGUCCCAGUGCCCCAGUUCGGCGGGAGCGACCCUGCAGAUAUCAUCCAUGAUUUCCAGCGAGGUCUGACAGCUUACCAUGACAUCACCCUGGAUAAGUGCUAUGUCAUUGAGCUAAACACCACCAUCGUGAUGCCUCCUCGCAACCUGUGGGAGCUGCUGGUUAACGUGAAGAAAGGGACAUACCUGCCUCAGACGUACAUAAUCCAAGAGGAGAUGAUCGCGACCGAACACGUCAAUGACAUGGAGCAGCUCGGCUCCUUCAUUUACCGCCUCUGCAGUGGCAAGGAGACCUACAGGCUGAAGCGGAGGAGCGCAAGGAGACGUAUCAGUCGACGCGAGGUUGGAAACUGUCAUCGUAUUCGUCACUUUGAAAACACUUUUGUGGUCGAAACUGUUAUCUGCAAAAAGUCAUGA